CCUCGCGAUAAUAUCAGUUCUAUACCUAGCUGAAGGUCCAAAACAAACACUACAUCAUGCCAUCCUGACCUCCCGCAAACAAGAAUAUCCAGCCAGGGAAAGAAAAAAAAAAGAAAUAAAAAACACCUCCCUCAAACCUCCCAAAAAUGCCUCCACGCGCCUUCACAAACCCAGCCCCCAAAACUGAAUCCGCCCGCAACGCCCUAACCGCCUUCACCUGCACCCUCUGCAACAAAUCCUACUCGCGCCACCCGGAGUACGAAGCGCACAUCGGCUCCUAUGACCACCAGCACCGUAAGCGGCUGCGCGAUCUGAAGCAGCUGUCGCGCGACCCACUGGCGGCGGAGAGGGCGCGGAGGGAGGAGCGGAAGAGGGAUGAGGAGGCGGGGAUUGUGAGGGUGGAGGUCUCGGGGGGUGGUGGUGGUGGUGGUGGGAUUGGUGGUGGCAGUGCGGGCACGGGAGGAGGGUUUAAGAAGGGCGGGUUUAAGAGUUCGUUUACGGCUGUUGGGGGUGGGGUGGGGAAGGGGGUUGGGAAGAAGAAUCCGUUGGGAGAAGAGGAGGAGGAGGGCGAGAAGGAGGGGCCCCAGGAGGGGGGGAGAGGUCGGGGUACCACCGCUUCGAUUGGUAAAGGUGAAUCGUUGGCUGCGAGGCGAGGGGAUGCGGAUGCGGAUGCGGAUGCGGAGAGUGAGACGGAUGAGGAGGUGGAGGUCGGUGGGUAUUAUGACCCGAGGAGACCGACGGGGUGUUUUGCGGGAUGCGCUGGGGUGGGGAUUGUUCCGGCUAUAUGAAAUGUGGGAUAUGGGUAUGGAUGUGGUGUAGUGUUUUCGAUUUUUUCAUGCGUUUUCUGGAUUACUGGGUGUUUAUGGAUGGAAUGGGAUGGGAUAUAUAGAUAUAUAUGGAUGAUAUUAUGUCGGCGUUACAUAAAUGGACGGGAUAAUUCUGCCUAAACUAAGACCACAUACCUAAUAAUAUACUUCCUUUCUAAGAUGGUCAUGUUCUCCUUCCCUCCCAAAGAAUCGUUGCCAUGCGCAUGUCUGCUAUACAUAUAUCUAAACCUAUAUUUCCACACUUUGCGACUCAACCACUCAGGUGAAACCCGGCUCAUAACUACUAGUUACGUUCCAACCUAAUCCCGUCG